AUGAAGGUUCUCACGUUGGUAUCAUUGUUAUUGCUUCGUGCUGUGGUUGCAUCAGCUACCACGACCUUAGGUAACCUGACGGUGCCCGCCUGUGGAUCAACCUGUAUAUACGGCGAAGCCGCUCAAUCAGCUUGCUCGAUCAGCAAUAUAACAUGUAUCUGCACCAACAGUACGCUCAAAGCCAAGAUCCAGACUUGCAUCUUGUCAAACUGCUCGAUCCGGGAAGCCCUACGCGAGGACAGAACGGGACUGGUAUGGCAUCUCGGUCUAGCAUUUAUGAUCAUAGGCCUAGUGGCAUUCUUCAUAAGAUGUCUGGAAAGACUACGCGCGCGCACAUGGGGCAUGGACGAUUCUGUUAUCUCGGUAGUGGCGGCCAUUCUGAUACCUAUGGGUGCCUUAACGAUACCUCUUUCCAACUACGGCCUCGGGUUGGAUAUGUGGAACGUGUCGUCGGAUGACAUCAAUUCCAUCCUCUACCACUUCUAUUGGGAGGAGAUACUCUACGCCGUGGCGCUUGGGCUCAACAAGAUCUCUAUAUUAUUCUUCUACCUACGUGUGUUCCCGCAGACGAGCUUCCGUGUCGCCGUCUACAUUCUUCUAGGACUGAACGCAGGCUACGCAAUUGCCUACAGUCUGGCUGUGGUUUUCCAGUGUUCACCCAUUGAAGGGGCCUGGCGUGCGUGGGAUGGCGAGUACACGGCCGAGUGCGUCAACAUCAACUACCUUGGAUGGUCUGGUGCUGCGGUGAAUAUCGCAUUGGACAUUGCAACUUUGAUACUUCCCAUGUAUCUCCUGGUCGGUCUGACCAUGUCCAUAAAGAAGAAGAUUCAGAUCAUUGCCAUGUUCAUGGUCGGGUUCUUUGUUACUUUGGUCAGCAUACUUCGCCUCAGAUCCUUGAUCGAGUUUGGUUCAACCAAGAACGUAACCCAGGAUUACGUUGAGGUGGGCUAUUGGUCGACGAUCGAAAUCUCUAUCGGCAUCGUAUGUGCAUGUAUGCCUGCAAUAAGAGCCCUUCUAUCCAAGGUCUUUCCACUUGUCUUCGGUUCACAAAACCGGACAACUCGCGGUCCACAAACGUAUCCAUACACAAGCGCUAAAUCCGGUAUAAGUCACCGUCUAUUCAACUCUAAAUCGUCUGCAGCUAUUGGGCCAAAUGAAAAGGGAGAAGCGGGAGGUAUGGAGUUCUUUGGGGUGAAACGAAAACCAAAGUUCAGCAAGUACGGCACAAGCAACGAGAUAACGGUCCAAAACGAGUGGACUGUCGCAGGGCACACUGCCAAUCGCAGCGACGUCGAGCUUGUCGCCUUGGAGAAGAAGCUCCCAUUUCGUGGCGGCGACACCGGAUAUGUCGGCGACCGUCUCCCAGACCAAUGGAGUGGAGAGAAUGACCGAGCGAUGGUGUUGCCAAUUCAGGGGCAUCUAGGCGGAUCAUUGUGA